GGUCAUUUGGCAGUUCCUUUAAAGCUAUACGACAAACAAGUUGAACAAAAAUUCAAAACGCAGUGUAACUCAACAGUCCCUAGAAAAAAGAAAAGGAAAAGUGAAAGUAAAAGUAGAAAAAUAAAAAAAAAUUAACUCAACUAUAGCUAAAUCAACCAUUGCCAGUGCCGGUUGUCUGCUUGCCAGCCUUUUUGAGAAGACUCUUGAGGGCUCUUCUUCCUCUGUCUUUGUAUUUGCAUUGAGUGAAGGCGCCCCUAACUGCAGCCAUGGCUUGUCCUUACUUUCGUCGAGCCGACUCAUUGUCACGUCAACCUUCCGUGGUUGCGGAGCCUGCGGGCAAUUGGACCUUGGAAGAUGAGGAACCAUCGGGUGAUGCUCUAACGUUGACUCACUUACAAAUGGCCAUACAAUUGUUGACUGCACCUUCGAAUGAGGAUUUGAAUACUGCUGUAACAGCGCUGAUUUUAAAAUACCGCAAAAAUUGGCCAAAAAUUUCUAAAUUACGCAUCGAUUUGGGAACUUUGAAGACCUAUCCCAACUAUGAUUACUUGGCUGACAUUCAGGAAAUCCUCUUGGAAAUGGAUGAGUCCAGUGCCAGUGAAAUAUUGGUAUUGCUGGGCGAAGAACUCAUAACUUCAUGCUGCACUGGCAUCAUAGAAAGAGCAUUCCGUUGCUUGGGUACCGAGUUACAAGAAUUCUUGGGCUCCUUGGAUGGCGUAUACGAUGUAUUGAAAUUCCAAGAGGAAGAGGAUUCCAGUGACACCGGGUUUGUGUGUGCCGGUGAUGGUGAAUUAAUUUUCACUUCUGAACGUCCAGUUAUAGCCUGGCUUUUAUUGGGCUCUCUUAAAGCUUUGACAAGAAUUUUAUUCAAAGUUCAGGUGAACAUUAAAAUUGAGCCCGUAGAGGGUGAUAGUCGGCGCUAUCGUUACCUUUUCUCCUUGGCCAAAGAUGGUCAUGCUCGUGAGACUAGUGUUGUUGCCAAGGCGGAUGAAGUUGCUCCUACGCAACGCAGCAAUUCUACAAACGCUGCUGAUUUAGCAAUGAACUCAAGUACCUUUUGCAAGGCAUUUCCUUGGCAUUUUAUAAUGAAUGAGGAUUUGGAAUUGGUGCAGUUGGGACGCGGUUUCAGUAAAUUGUAUAAACCCUAUAUGGCUGAGGCUGGUUGUCAUGCUACCACAUAUUUCGAUUUUAAACGACCCAAAGGUUUGACUUUAAAAUUCCGGGACAUUGUUCGACGCACUUGUACACCAUUUUUGAUCGCUUUGAAGAGCCCACCGGAUGCAGCAGAAUUUACAGCAAAGGGUCUCGAGAUCAAAGGUCAAAUGGUGCACUGCCCCGAAUCGAAUUCGUUGCUUUUCAUGGGUUCUCCCUUCCUCGAUGGUUUGGAUGGCCUAACUUGCAAUGGACUUUUCAUCUCCGACAUACCAUUGCAUGAUGCCACCCGUGAGGUGAUAUUGGUGGGAGAACAGGCUCGUGCCCAAGAUGGUCUCAGGCGACGCAUGGACAAACUCAAGAGUUCCAUUGAAGAGGCCAAUGCUGCCGUUACCAAGGAACGUAAAAAGAAUGUCAGUCUUUUGCAUUUGAUUUUCCCAGCGGAAAUUGCCGAACGCCUCUGGUUGGGCGCCAGCAUUGAUGCAAAAACCUAUCCAGAUGUGACCAUACUGUUUAGUGACAUUGUGGGUUUCACCAGCAUCUGCUCAAGGGCAACUCCUUUCAUGGUCAUCAGCAUGUUGGAGAGUUUGUACAAGGAUUUCGAUGAGUUUUGCGAUAUGUUUGAUGUUUACAAGGUGGAGACAAUUGGAGAUGCCUAUUGUGUGGCCAGCGGUUUACAUCGAGCUUCGAUUUAUGAUGCCCAUAAAGUGGCAUGGAUGGCUUUGAAGAUGAUUGAUGCAUGUUCGAAGCACAUAACCCAUGAUGGAGAGCAGAUUAAAAUGCGUAUAGGUCUACAUACAGGAACUGUACUGGCCGGAGUGGUAGGCCGUAAAAUGCCACGUUAUUGCCUGUUUGGGCAUAAUGUGACCAUUGCCAAUAAAUUUGAGUCCAGCAGUGAGGCAUGCCGUAUUAAUGUUAGCCCCACCACAAGGGAAUGGCUUAUAAAACAUCCUGGCUAUGAGUUUGAUUUGAAAGCACGCGAUCCUUCUUUGCUGCCUAAGGAAUUUCACAAUGCCGACAAUGGCACCUGCUACUUUAUGGAUAACUAUCGCCAUUUCUCUAUGGAUGAAAGUUUACCCUUGGAUGAGCACAUUACUGCAGCCAUGAAGUCCAUACAACCUCAACUGGCCGAAUCUUAAGUCAAUGAUCGAAGCUCUUUAUUUUGAUAGAUAUAUCUAAAGCUUGUCCCAAAGCUCAAAUGCUUCGAAACAUUUUUGAGUGCCAGCUGGCAUUCUUUGAGAAAUUUUUAAAUGCUUAGACAUUUCAAAAGAAAUCAGAAACAAACCUAAAAGCACUGUUGGUUAAUUAAACAAACAAAAAACCGUGGUACAUAUAACAUAACUAGAAUUUAUUCAAUAAACUCAACUUUCAUUCAAUA